GUACCAGGGUACCACCACGUCUCCUCCACUCCGCUGCAGCUCCGUUCACACCCGCUCCCUUCUAAAACUCCCCACCAAAUUCUCCGCCCAGGGGACGCGCGCCGCUCCUCCGGCCAGCCCCGGGAGCGGCAAUGCGGCUCCUCCUCCUGCUCCCACUCCUCGUCGCGGCCACCGGCGCCGCCCGCGACUCCGACGACCCCUUCCUCUCCGGCGCCCAGGCGAACCACAGCUACAACAUCGACUGCGGCGGCGCGGCGGACUUCACCUCGGCCUUCGGCCGCCGCUGGCUGGCGGACCGCUUCUUCUCGGCGGGGGGCAACGCGGGGAUGGUCGCCGAGCCGCACCGCUUCCCGCAGCCGCAGGAGCGCACGCUGCGCUUCUUCCCGCCCGCCUCCGCCGGCAAGACCUCCUGCUACUCCCUCCCGCUCGCCCCCGGCCGCUACUACCUCCGCAUCUUCUCCGUCUACGACAACUACGACUCCAAGCUCCGCUCCCCGUCCUUCGACGUCUCCGCCGCCGCCACGCUCGUGCUCUCCUUCCGCUCCCCGUGGCCCGAGACCGCCGCGCGCUACGGGGCCUACUCCGACCUCAUCUUCCCCUCCGACGCAGAGGCCACCGACGUCUGCUUCUACUCGCUCUCCACCGACGCCCCCGUCGUCGCCUCCAUCGAGGUCGCCCCCGUCCACCCGCUCGCCUACGACGGCGCCACCACCGGCGCCGACGUCGUCCUCGUCAACUACGGCCGCCUCACCUGCGGGAACAGCCUCUUCGGCCCCGGCUUCACCAACGACUCCGACGCCUUCUCCAGGGUGUGGCAGGCCGGCACAGAUUUCCGGAACAACGACCUCACCUACGACGCCAUUACUGCCGGUGGGAGGAAGAUUUUCGGCAGCAACCAGCCGCCCAAUUACUUCCCCACCAAGAUGUACAGGUCGGCGGUGACCACCGGCGGGGACGCCUCCAACGAGAUCGAGUACCUGAUGCCGGUGGACACGAGGAUGUCCUACAUGGUCUGGCUGCAUUUCGCGGAGAUCGACGCCGGGGUCAGGGCCCCUGGCCAGAGGGUGUUCGACGUAAUGCUUGCCGGGAGGAACGUGACCAGGAUCGACAUCUUCAAGCAGGUGGGAGGGUUCACGGCGUUCAAGUGGACAUACAUUGUGGAGAACCUGACCAGCUCCACCAUGAGCGUCAGGCUUGUGCCAGUAGUGGGACGGCCGAUUCUGUGUGGGCUCGAGAAUUAUGCAAUGGUGCCCCUUGAGACAAGGACGGUGCCACACCAAGCGGCUGCGAUGAAGGCCCUGAAGGAUUCACUGAAAAUUCCAGCUAGGAUGGGGUGGAAUGGGGACCCUUGCGCGCCGCGGACAUGGGAUGCAUGGGAGGGAGUCACUUGCCAUCCCGGUAACAAAGGGCUUGUGAUCACUCAGCUGGAUCUUGCAAGUCAAGGGCUGAAAGGUUUCAUCUCUGAUGAAAUAAGUCAUCUAACCGACUUGGUAAGCUUGAACUUGAGCUCUAAUUCGUUGACCGGAAGCUUGCCACCAGGUUUAGGCCAACCUUCACUUGCGACACUGGAUCUGUCCUCGAACCAGUUUACUGGGAGUAUUCCUGGCACCAUAGGCUCGUCUAAAUUACAGACUGUUCUACUAAACGGCAAUCAACUUGAUGGGCAAGUUCCAGAAAGACUUUAUUCAGUUGGCGUGCAUGGUGGCGUGAUAGAUCUGUCAGGUAAUAAAGGCCUAUGUGGGGUGCCUACUCUACCUGCUUGUGCAUUAUUCUGGGAGAAAGGAGGCUUGAAUAAAACCGGCAAAAUUGCACUUGGAGCCUCGUUUGGACUUCUUCUGCUUGUUAUACUUAUAGUGGUCUACAUAGUGUGCAUAAGACGGGGACCAUACGACUACGAUUUCGAGUUCCCUCAAGAUUUGACUUCGAUAUCAGCAAUCUCCGCGAAAAGGAACAGGUAUCAGCGGGCAAAGUCCGUGAUGCUGGCAGAGAUGGACGCCCACAACACAGAUGGUUUCUACACGAACGGGAACGGGAACACUCGAUAAGCGACACAUGCACGCUGGAAAUGGACCGGUUGUAUGCACCCAGAAGAAACACUCAUAACAGGCUGCAUGGUCAGAGCAGGGAUAGUGCGUUGUGAAUUGAUUUUUGCCAGCAUCAUCGACAUCAUGUCCUUGUAGCUUCUUCGGUCAGCAGCAGCAGCUUCGUCGCCACUCUCUUGCAGAUACUCCCAUACACGACGGAGCUAUGCGAGGCGUAACUCAUGUCAUGUUUACUCUACUUAUAGUAUGAGCUGGUGGUGGUAGUUAGUAUUAGGGGGCCUUGCUUCUUUUUUCCGGAGGUUUUGGUUCAGUAUUCUUGUGUUGGUUUUAGCUUAGGGAUGUGAUGUCCACUGUGUGAACCAUGUAAAGGCAAGCGGGGGUAUCUAUAUUUUUGUUGUUGUAUAAAAACUUGACAUGGUGCUACUGACAAAGGAGGCGAGGACAAUGAAAACAUUAGUUCGUGUGUGAUCAUGUUUUACUUAA